UUUGGCCUUCCAGAAUAAAGAUGUCGAGUUUCAGGCUCGUAUUCAGCAACGGCGUCGUUUCGCGCUCCUCCGACACUCCUCCAGUCGCCACCUUCCUCGAGUCACAUCCAGGUGCUUACACGACUACUCGAACCCAUGACAAUGCUUCAUGCCUCUUGUUCUGGGAACGGCAUCUCCGGAGACUCGCGAAUUCAGCAAGGAUUCUCUUGAACUCGAAACCUCGACUCUUAUUCAAGCCCUACGAGACGACACCACAUUGUUCGCUGUCAUCGUUCUCGAUAGACCCAUCUGUAUGGAUAUCGGGCAUUCCAAGCUUGGUAAACGAUUCAAUGAGCAAGGCGUUGAAAGUUGCGUUGAGAGAGAGCAGGAGGAGCGAUGGCGAGGAAUUGGCGGUCACGGCUCUUGUCAGCUGCGAUGUGGAGAAAUUCUAUGGAGUUCAGGACCUGGAUGGAGAAAGAGUCGAUAGGGUUUUUGAUGUGAAUGUGCAUAUUGGAACUUAUGUCCCUGGUUUGUUUGGUGUUGAAGGAAAUGGGGCGCAUUUGGCUUUGGUGGGUUAUGGUAGGGAGGUUGCGGUUGCCAAGUAUUCAGAUUGGGUAAGGCUAAGGAAGCCUCUGGAGAAGUUGAGACCUCCUCUGGUGACUGAGCUUUUGCUUUCGAAUGAUGGUGAUCACAUACUUGAAGGCUGCAUAACAAACUUUUUCGUCGUUUGUCAAAAGGAUAACAGUGAAGCUGAGGGAAGAUACUCACAUGAGUGCAACAGUACAUAUUCCUUUGAAGUGCAAACAGCUCCUAUCAGUGAUGGGGUGCUUCCGGGUGUUAUUCGAGAAUUGGUCAUUGACAAUUUUGAAGAAUCUUUGCAAUUACGAAUACAGAAAAUGCGUAUGAUGCAUAUUGAAGAGUGUGUCUGAGCGAGGGAAUUCCAAUACGUGAGAUCGCACCAUCGUGGUCAAAGUUUGAAUUCUGGGAGGAGGCCUUCAUCACAAGUAAAACCUUUUAGUGCUCAUAUUUUUUCUAGUUGGUUACACCUGUACACAUUUAAUAUGGUUUAUUGGAGUAGGAAGAAACAGAUUUCAGUUUAUUUCGGAUUAUGUAGGACGAAGUGUGUUUAUGUUGUGUGUUUUUUUGCUGCUACAAAUAAUUUUACCACUGCCACCAGCUGACUGACACUUGUCAAUGUCAGUUAGAAGGCAGUUGCAAGUUUGAAAUUGUCUAGGUAGUUAUGAUAAAAACAUAUUCCCCAAAUACACUCACUUCCUGGAACUGACCCAUCCUUUCCACUCAGCAAUUACAGUGGCCAUUUUUAAGUUAGAUAGCAUGCCAGACACAUUAGUAGUGACCCAGGAUCAAUUUUCUCUGUUUUUAUUUUUUUUUGCAAGAACUGUUCCAACUACAGGAAGCUUCCGUGGCAUCACUACAACUAGCACCCGCAGAUGGUUGGUCAGAUAGAGGUAGUUAAUAGAUGUCUCAUAACAUAUCUACAUUUCCUGUGUCACAAUACUCCCACAAGCUGGUUUACUUGGUUAGUGCUCGGGGAGUUCUGGUGGAACACCACUAUCACAUAACCAUCCAUACACCAUUUUGAGGCCCUUGGUGGCCCAUUCCGUAUUGAUGUCCCACUCAGUCCAGUGGAUUCCAUUAUUCUCACUCUCAAUGACUACCUCAAGGACAGAGAAGAUAGCUUCAAAAUCCUAAAGUUCCACCUUUAAAGAGCACAAAACAGGAUAAGCAACCGGCUGAUGCCCACCGCAUUGGUUGUAAUUUCCGUCUGCAUGAAGCUGUCUAUGUUCAUCUGCAACCUUACAGGCAACAGACACUCGCAGCUAGAUCAAAUCAGAAACUUGGCUCACUCUAUUAAGGCCCUCGCAAGGUCAUUGAGAAAAAUGGGAUCUGUUGGUUACAAACUUAAACUACCUGCCGCUAGCAAAGUCCGUUCCAUUUUUCAUUGUCUCCCAGCUCAAAUGACUCUCCCACGUAUUCCAAUCCAAGGCACACCGGUGGAGUCCCGAGCCACACCCCGACAGGCCCUCUAUAUCCUAGAUGACAGGUUGAUUAAAUGAACAACAACCAGAGGAGGCAGCACGAGAGGAUGUUAUUUCCCUUCUGAUAGAUCAAGUUACGGGUAAAUGAACAUAAAGAUCAGUAGGUAUUUGUGAAUGUUUAUGUGUCUUUCUUCCUUUACCUAAUUUUGAAUUAAAUAUGAGUAGAUUAAGAAAGAAUCCAAUGAUCUCCUUGAGUGAGAAAAGUACUCAAAAAACUUUUAUAAAUUCCUUCAUACGUAAUCUAUCAAAAGAGACAGCAAUCUAUUUUACUACUAUGGGAGGGUAGUUACUCUAGAAGUUAUUUCCAGGAUUUAUUAACUACCUUGUCUAACUUCCUUAUCCCUUAAUCAUUAACUAUCCAUACUUAAAUACAUAAAACUACAUAAUAUUCCCUAAAAAGUGAAAAAUUUCGAAUAAAUAUAUAAUUAAUUCAUUCAGCAUUAUUUCUAUUUCGGGAGGGUGGAAGAGGAUUUUAUUAGAGUUAGCGAUAGAUGAUUUCAGAUAUUGGAUUUUUUGGUUAUGGAGCAUCCUAUUAAUUUUUUUUUAGGAAUUUUGAGGUUUUAUUAACAUCAUACUAAGUGACAUGUAAAUACUUUUGUACAUGAGAUGACACCUUCUUAGUGCUGGUGAAUUAGUGGUAAACUAGACUUUUUAUUUAAAAAUAAUAAUUCUUCUUCGUUCUCUGUUACACUUUGGCAAAAUGUAUUAUUUUGACACUAACAAUUCAUAGCAAAUCCUGGAGCAGAGAAUAUACCAUGAAUGCAUGCGGUGGGUUAUCAUAUUGAUGAUCUGGCCAUUGGCUAAAUUGAAAAUCUACCUAUAGUUUCUGUGGUGCGUUUGGUUAGGGUCACUUCCAAAUGAAUAAAUGGCACCCGUCCAAGCUCGUUAAGUGU